UUCUCUGUCUUUUUUUUUGUUUUUUUUUAAUAAACUCCCCGGCGAGAAAGCUGGAAGUAAAUUGGCGGCGAUGGAUACGAUGAGGACGAAAUGGGUGGCUAUGGCUGCUAGUAUAUGGAUACAGUGCACAAGCGGCGCUUCAUAUACAUUCGGAAUCUACUCCGCCGUUUUGAAAUCGACCCAAUCGUACGAUCAAUCCACUCUCGACACCGUCUCCGUCUUCAAGGACAUCGGAGCGAACGCCGGAGUAUUCUCUGGGCUUUUGUAUACAUACGCUACCUCUAAUCGCCGCCGUGUACGGGGAGGCGCAGGAGGGCCUUGGGUGGUGCUUGCUAUAGGGGCAAUUCAGUGUUUCGCCGGUUAUUUUCUCAUUUGGGCUUCCGUCACCGGGCUGAUUGGGAAGCCGCCGGUGCCGCUGAUGUGCCUAUUCAUGUUCGUAGCAGCUCAGUCGCAAACGUUCUUCAAUACGGCUAAUGUCGUGAGUGCCGUUGAGAAUUUCGCUGACUAUGGUGGUACAGCCGUCGGCAUUAUGAAGGGUUUUCUUGGUCUAAGCGGAGCGAUAUUAAUUCAACUGUAUGAGACGGUGUGUGCUGGAGAUCCAGCGAGCUUCAUUCUUCUACUGGCUGUAACACCAACACUGCUCUCACUCUUGGUCAUGCCUUUAGUCAGGAUCUAUGAGACAAGCGUAGUCGAUGAUAAAAAGCAUUUAAAUGGUCUUUCAGCUGUAUCUUUAAUCAUUGCAGCUUAUCUUAUGAUCGUUAUCAUAUUAAAGAACACCUUUGGUUUGUCAUCAUGGGCCAAUGUUGUCACACUUGUAUGUUUGCUCAUCCUGCUUGCCUUGCCUCUACUUAUUGCGAGACGAGCACAACGAGACGGCAUGGAGAAAACCGCACCACAUGAUUAUUCCCCUCUCGUAAGCAGUCCAAAGGCAACAACCUCCGGUAACCAAAGUUCUGAAGGAGACAGUAGAAUAGAUUCUGGUCUGAGUGACAGCCUGAAUCUUCUGCAAGCUAUGAAAAACCUAAGCUUCUGGUUGUUGUUUCUUGCUAUGAUUUGUGGAAUGGGCUCUGGACUUUCGACGAUAAACAACAUUCGUCAAAUAGGCGAGUCUCUUCGAUACUCAUCCGUUGAGAUAAAUUCACUGGUGUCCUUGUGGAGUAUAUGGAACUUUCUUGGUAGAUUUGGAGCUGGUUAUGCCUCAGAUGCAUUGCUACACAAAAAGGGAUGGCCACGUCCUUUGCUAAUGGCUGCAACACUUGGAACGAUGACCAUAGGCCACCUAAUCAUAGCCUCAGGCUUUAAAGGAAACCUCUAUGUCGGUUCUGUCAUAGUUGGCGUUUGUUAUGGUUCACAGUGGUCAUUGAUGCCUACAAUCACUUCUGAACUAUUUGGGGUUCGCCACAUGGGAACCAUCUUCAACACCAUAUCCGUGGCUAGUCCCAUUGGUUCCUAUAUGUUCUCUGUAAGAUUGAUCGGUUAUAUCUAUGACAAGACUGCUUCUGGGGAAGGAAACACAUGUUAUGGCUCUCACUGCUUCAGGCUGUCAUUUAUUAUAAUGGCGUCUGUUGCCUUCUUUGGGUUUCUGGUCGCCAUUGUCCUGUUCUUUCGGACAAAGACGCUAUAUCGCCAGAUCCUUGUAAAGAGGUCACAUCGUCGAUAGAGAUCUUUUGAAUACUAUACAAAGUGAAAAACCGCUCCUCUUGCUACAUCCAUGGUAGCCUUUGAUUCCCAAAGGUACACAUCGAUUACUUUACUUGUAAGUUAAAUUGUAAGUUACGUUUUGCAUCAAAUGUCUGUGUUUAGAGAUGGGAAGAAAGAAAGAUGAGAUCUUUGUCUCUCUUUCUUAUUUGUAGUUUCUUCGACAAAUGUGAGUUUUGUGAAGUGUAUAGACAUGUCAUCAGAACCCCCAAUAAUGUUGUAAUUUCUUUUAUUCAAAUUUGUUGAUAAACUAUGCUCUGUGCAUUUAAAUAA